AUGCAAUUCAAGCUCGUCUCUGCUCUUGCCUUUGCUACCCUUGCUGCUGCCACAGUCACCCCCGUUCGCCGUGGCGGAGGUGGCAGUUCGACCAUCCCAGCAAGCCAAUGCAACACUGGUGAUCUCCAGUGCUGCAACAGCGUUCAAGCUGGUGAUAGCGACGCUGUGUCGUCUAUUUUGGGACUUUUGGGCAUUGUCCUCCAGGACGUGACUGCACUCGUUGGCCUCAAUUGCAGCCCCCUCUCUGUUAUUGGCAUUGGAGGCAACUCUUGCACCGCGCAACCCGUUUGCUGCACCAACAACUCGUUCCAUGGAUUGGUCGCACUUGGCUGCACGCCUGUCAACAUCAACUUGUAG